UAAAUAUGCAAGGUGGCUGAUUGGGCAGAUUUCUUCCUUGUGAUUGAAAUGAAAUGAUGGUUUUCUGAGCAGUAAUGAAGUUGAUCAGUACUACGUAACAUAAAUAUUGCACUGAACCUUUCUCAGUAUAUCUGUAUUCGUAUAUUGAAAUAGUCCUCAAGCACCUGAGACAAGUGUUUUUAUACUGCCACUAUUUAUUGCAGUGUGGAUGUGUUACUUGUGACGGAAGCUUGAAGAUUUACACCUUUGUGUUGUUUCCACUUGCAUAAAAGCCUGGAAGAGAUGUUCAGUUUGGAUUUAAAGUGCCUCGUAGGAAAUAGUACCUGCAUAGAGAGGAGCUGGCUGCAGAAUCAGACGUGGACACCCUCUGCUCCCAGUAGCCUUGAUGUGUUCUCUGAUGUUUUCCGUCAGACAGAUGGAGAGCUGCUCCCAGUGCUUCGGAUAGAGUGGAAGGUGGCCACCGAUGCUAGCAUCCGCUAUCUCCGAGGUGCAGAGCUGGCUGUGAUGCAAGUGAGCAGCAAUCAACAGAUCUGUGCCCAGUUUGAAUUUCAGAACAACUUGCCUCUUCAGGUCCGUCCAGAUGGAGGCCGGUGGAAUUUCACUUUUAACCGCUUUGAGGUGGAACCUGGCCAGACUUACCAAGUGACUGUCUACCACUUACCCAAACUGAGUGUAAAGGGAGACUACAAUUGCAAGUCCGUGUCUCUCACAAUGCCUGAUUGCAAGGACUCUCUGAUGAAAAGAACCACCCCAUGUGUAAAGACAGGCAGUCUGUGGGAGCCCAAGAUCCAAGCUAAAAGUCUAGAUGAUAUAACUCUGCUUGUGAGCUUUAACCCAUGGAAGGAGCCAACCCGAUACCAAAUUCAUGUGACCAGUUUCCUGAAUGAGAGGAAGUGUAAAAUGAUCACACGUGAUGUCACAGAGGGCGAACUGCAACCACAAGCAAAUGUCACAAUCAAAAUGGAGAAGAACUUGAAAGCUUGCUGCAACUACAAAGUACAGAUUCAGCCAUUCUUUGCCAUCUGUGGUACAGACUGUCUGAGGCACUCUACUUUCAUCCCAUGUUCACCAGCUCCAAGUGUGGGCCCAUCAGAUGAUAUGAUGAUAUGGGUGUACUGGUGUAUCACUGGGAUCUGUGUGUUACUGGUGGGAUCAGUCAUAGCAGGUGUCAUUUGUAUGACCAAAAAACGAGCAGGACACCGGCGAGGAAAGUGCAGCCACUAUGAUUUGCAAACUGCAGUACCACCUACCAGCCUUCCUCUACCACCCUUAAAGCCUCGAAAGGUUUGGAUCGUGUAUUCUGCCGAUCACUUGCUCUACGUGGAUGUGGUGUUGAAGUUUGCUGAGUUUCUGAUGACUGUCUGUGGCACUGCUGUAGCCUUAGAUCUGCUAGAAGAUCAUCAGAUCUCAGAGUUUGGGCCAUUACCCUGGCUCACUCGACAGAAGAAGGAAAUGGAAGAACUAUCCUCCAAGAUCAUAAUCUUAUGCUCACGAGGCACCCAGGCCAAAUGGCAAGCCAUGCUUGGGAGCGCACCUGUGUGUCUCAAGCAAGAUCAGCAAAAGCCAACUGGAGACCUGUUCACCCCAGCCUUAAAUUUGAUCCUGCCAGAUUUCAAGAAGCCAGCCUGUUUUGGAAUGUAUAUAGUCUGCUAUUUUGAUGGGAUAAGUAGCGAGAAAGAUAUUCCUGAUCUGUUCAACGUCACAUCCAGGUACCAACUGAUGGACAAGUUUGAGGAUAUUUAUUUCCGGAUUCAGGACUUGGAGAAGUUUGAGCCUGGGCGCAUCCAUCGAAUCCAGGAAAUCACAGCUGAAAACUACAUUGAUACCCCUAGUGGUAGGAAGUUGAAAGAGGCAGUUCAGAAGUUCAGAAACUGGCAGACAGAGCACCCGGACUGGUUUGAGGCUGAAAGCAUCAACCUCGAUAAUGAUGAAGAGUUGCAGUCCCUAAACAGAGAGAGCCAGGUGGAUUCGUUGCUAAGUGAACCAGGUGGAAUUGUGAAACAGCAGCUGCACUUACGAGAACCUGACCCUAACUGCUGUUAUGUCAUUAAUCUCCACAUUCGUGAAGGUGAGAACAGAGGUUGUAUACUACAGCCUCAGCUUAAUCUCUGUGGAGAUCCAGCUUCUCAGACUCUGAUUGAUCCUUUGGAUGAGGCUGCUCCAGUUCAGAGAGUGGAGCCAGUCUCUUCCAUGGAAGACAAAAGUAUUUUUGGCCAUCAUGUGCUGAGUAAUGAGGACUGCAUGGAAGGAGUUCAUCUUCUGGAAACAAGUUUUCCAAUGAGGAACGACAUCAUUCUCCAUGGUGACUGUGAUGUUUCAGCAACAGAUGACCAGAGUCCUGCAAACCUCUCAGGUGAACUGAGGCACCAUCUGAAUGGGCUUAUGUACUCUCUUUAUCAGCAGAGUGUCAUUCCUUCAGAUCCGUGUUUCUGCCAAGAGGAGGCUGAAAAGCAGCACCAGUUGAUCUUUGAAGACCAGUGCAAAGACCAAAGACAGUCAGUGCAGUCAGACCAGGGUUACAUCUCUAGGUGUUCUCCUUUGCCUCCUGAUGACCCUGUGGAAGAGGAAGAAGAGGAUCAGGAGAAUCAGGUGGUUUGUCAUGAACUCUCUCCAGAGGUCUUGAACAGUCUAAAGAGCCUCCAGCAGCAGCUUUUUUUCCAGGACAUUCAAUGGAGCUCUGAGUCAGGAUAUCCAGCAGAGCUGAUGAAGAUGAGCCCAUCUCCAGAGGACUGUUAGGCUCUAUCUGGGACCUGCUCCAUCUGAAAUACACAGAUGGAAGGUAGUAUCGCAUCCAGCACUGAAACUGCAUUUCCAAUGCCAUCCUUCUCCUUGUAUUACAUGUGACUAAUUGGUGGGAUCUUCCUGUCUGCUGCAGAGAAGCAGGGUUGCCCAGCAGUUGAUGAACAUCUCUGCUUCUAAUCUCUGUGUAGAGAGAAGCAACAAUACUAGCCAUCACUGUGACUGAACAGGCAGUAGUUCUGCUCCUGGGGGACAUGUAUUAUAUUGAGCCCUCACUGCAGAAAAAUAACCUUAGCUCAUCCACUAGUGCCUUCAGAACUCCCUCCAACUGUAAUGAUUUUAUUGCACUGAACAGAAAACAAGGCCAAGAAUCAGAUUAUAGAAUUAGAAUGGCAAACUUUUCAAUGCCAGCUUGAUGGUUUUUUUUAGUAUAUAUACAUAUAUUUUUUUAAUAAUGUGUUUAAAGAUGUGUGCCUUAAACUUCAGCUAGGUUAGGACUGUCUUUACAUAGUCACAUAAUGGGUUAGGUUGGACCAGAUAAGCUGCGGAGGUCUAACACCUCUGCCCAAGUAAGGCAACCUACAGCAGAUUGCCCAGGCCCAUGUUCAGGUUGCUUUUGAUUAUCCCCAAGCAGUGAGACUCCACAACCUCUCUGGGCAACCCUGUUUGUUAUUAGCUGCACAGUAAAGAAGUGCUUCCUGGUGUUCAGAAGGAAACUCCUGUUUCUGUUUGUGCCUAUUGCCUCAUGACCUGUCACUGGGCACCAAUGAAAGGAGCCUGUCUCUGUCGUUUUUUGUACUCUCCCUUUAUUUAUGCACGUAAUGCCUAGAAUAGAGCAAGAAAGAAUGGCCUCAAGAUGUGUCAGGGAGAAUCAUAUUAGGGAUAUUAGGGAAAAAUUUCUUCUCUGAAGGAGUGGUGAAGGAUUGGAACAGGCUGCUCAGGAAAGUAGUGGGGUCACCAUCCCUGGAGGUGUUCAAGAAACGUGUAGAUGUGGUACUAAAGAAUGUGGUUUAGUGGGCAGUGUUGGUGGUGGGUGGUGAUGAUGGUUGGACUAGAAGACCUUUGAGGUCUUUUCCGACCUUAAUGAUUCUGUCAUUCUACAUAGGUAAGAUGGCCCCCAACCCUUCUGUAGGCUGAACAGACCCAACUCAGCCUUUCAUUGUAAGAGAGAUGAUGUAGCCCCUUAGCCAUCUUUGUGGCCCUUCAUUAGACUCUGUCCAGUAUGUCCAUGUCUCUUCUGCACUGAGGAGCUCAGCAGUGAACACAGUAUUCCAGGCAUGCCUCCACCAGUGCUGAGUAGAGGAAAAGCUUUAUCUGCUGGCAGUGUUUUGCCUAAUGCAGCCCAGGAUACCUUCAGCCUUCUUUGCAGCAAGGACAUGUUGCUGGCUCAUGCUCAUCUCAGGGUCUUCUAGGAUUUCCAUGUCCUUUUCCUCAAAGGGCACCUAGCCUGUCCUGCUGCUUGCAGUUGUUACUCUUAAGGUACGGGGAUUUGCACUCCAUGUUGAACCUGAUGAGCUUCCUGUCAGCCUGUUUCUCUGGGCUGUUGAGCUCUCAGAAUGGCAACAAAGCCUUCUGGUGUAUCAGCCGCUUCUCCCAGAUUUGCGUAUCUGUGAGCUUGCUAAGGGCACGCUUUGCCCCAUCAUCCAGAAUCACAGAAUGGCCAGGGUUGGAAGGGACCUCAAGGAUCAUGAAGCUCCAACUCCUCUGCCACAUGCAAGGCCACCAACCUCCACAUUUGAUACCAGACCAGGCUGCCCAGGGCCCCAUCCAACCUGGCCUUGAACACCUCCAGGGACGGGGCAUCCACAACCUCUCUGGGCAGCCUGUUCCAGUACCUCACCACUCUCUCUGUAAAGAACUUCCCCCUGACAUCCAACCUAAAUCUUCCCUCCCUCAACUUAAAACCAUUUCCCCUUGUCCUGCUGUUAUCAACCCUUUCAAAGAGUUGAUUCCCCUCCUGUUUGUAGGCUCCCUUCAGGUACUGAAAGGCUGCAAUGAGGUCACCCUGCAGCCUUCUUUUCUCCAGGCUGAAUGAGCCCAGCUUCCUCAGCCUGUUUUUGUAUGGGAGAUGCUCCAGUCCCCUGAUCAUCUUCGUGACUCUCCUCUGCACACUCUCCAACAGCUCCCUGUCUUUCUUGUACUGGGGGUUCCAGACCUAGACACAGUUCUCCAGAUGGGGUCUCACGAGAGCAGAGUAAAUGGGGACAAUACCUCCUUGUCCCUGCUGGCCACCCCUCUUCUGAUGGAGCCCAGGAUACCACUUGCUUUUCGAGCCAGAUCCUUAAUGAAGAUGUUAAACAAGAUUGGAGCCAGUAUUAUCCCCUGGAGUACUCCUAGUUACUGCUUAGUUAGACUAAACCACUGAUUGCCACCCUGUAGUCCUAGCCACUCAGCUAGUUCUUUACCCGCUUUUGAAGCAUGUUAAACUGUCUUGUACUUCCUCAGCUUGUCUAUGAGGAUCUUACGAGGCACAGUAUUACUGAAGAUAAUUACUGAGGUCUUAAUGAAGUGCAGGAAGGUGGUAUCACUGCUCCCCUCUCAUCCCAGGUUGGUCAUUUCAUCAUAGGCACUCAUCAUAGGUCAGGCAUGACUUUUCCUUGGUGAAUCCAUGCAGACUACUCCUGGUUUUCUUGCCCUUCAUGUGCCUGGGAAUGGUUUCAGGAUGAGUUCCAUCAAAUCCCAAGGGAUCAAGGUGAGGCUGACCAGUCUAUAGAUGCCUGAGUCUUCCUUUUUGUCAUUCUUGAAGAUAGGACAUUUGCUAUCCUCCAUUCUUUAGGCUCUUCUCCCAGUUGCCAUAGUCAUUCAAGGAUUAUCAAGAGGGGCCUCACAUUCACUUCUACCAGCUCCCUCAGCACUCACAGGUGAAUCCCAUUGGGGGAUGGGAUGGCCACGAUUGAUGAACAUCCAAAUUGCUGAUGUAUUCCCUGACAUUAUCCAGAGCAAAAAUGAGUGUGAGAUGUUCUUUGUGCAAGUAUAGACACAAGCACAGGUAUUGCAGGCUAACCAUUGUGAAAACACCCUCAUAAUAGGUUAUGGGGUUGAUCCUGCCAGAGCAGUGAUGCUGUCAAUUCCAAGAUUGAUCUUGAUGCACUAGGAAGACUUAUUCCAUGCAAGUGAUCCUCUAUUGGCCCAUGUAGCACUGACUGAGUAGCGGACUAGUUGGAGCCAGCAUUUACUGUAGGUAUUGUCACACUUUCUGCAGUCUAGCCAGCUGGUUACAGUUCAUGAGAUACAAGCACCUCCAAGCCUUUCUGCUUUGUGUUCAGACAAGCUUGUCAUCUUCCUGUCCUUCUAAGUUUACUUGUCAAGAGAUUUUGAGAUCAUGUUAUUUUGGCUUUUUAAAAGUCUGAUAUCUCAAAAGAUAAUCUGCUCAUUUGACUUGCAACCAAUGUUUUAUUAUGUAUAUUUUAUACUUUUGUUUAUGACUUGUUUUUUUUCCU